UAUCUACUGAUACAUUACGUUUCCCCCUCAUUGUCAGAUCAUUGUCAAGAUCACGUGGUGGCAAUAUCGUAAUUAAUUAGACCAUACUCGUGGUAGUCAAAAUCGGUCAAACAUCGUCCGAUGAUAAUAAUGACAGUUCAAAUUUGGCAGGCUCGAAUCAACUUCUAUAAAUGGAAACCAUCGUCUGAAACUAUCUCAGCGACUGAAUCCACCAUGGCUUCAUACCUUCUUCACCAUGUUAUCUUCUUCUCCACUCUUCUUUUCAUCUUCCUCUCUCCGACAACGUUUGCACAGAUCUCGUUCCGACCAAAAGCCCUUGUCCUCCCGACGGCUAAAGACGCUUCUACCCUUCAGUACGUCGCCACCAUCAACCAACGCACCCCUCUGGUUCCGGUGAAGGUCGUGGUCGACCUCGGCGGCCAAUUCAUGUGGGUCAACUGCGACAAGGGCUACGUCUCCUCCUCGUACCGCACGGUCCGGUGCCGCUCCGCCGCCUGCUCACUCGCCCAUUCCUCCACUUGCGCCAGCUGCUUUGCCGGGCCAAAACCAGGCUGCAACAACGACACUUGUAGCGCCUUCCCCGGCAACACCGCCGCUCACACCAAUACUAUUGGCGAACUCGCUCAAGACGUUUUCUCCAUCAACUCGACAAACGGGUCGAACCCGGGUCGGGCCGUGACCGUCCCCAGAUUCGUCUUCGUUUGUGGGACUACGUUUUUGGUUGAAGGGCUUGCGAAAGGCGCGGUGGGUAUGGCCGGUUUGGGCCGUACGAAGAUCGCUCUCCCGUCUCAGUUCGCCGCCGCUUUCAGUUUCCGGCGGAAGUUCGCCGUGUGCCUGUCGUCGGGGACAGGCGUCGUCAUAUUCGGCGACGGACCCUACGUCUUCCUCCCCGGUAUCGAGAUUUCCCGGCUGACUUACACGCCGCUGUUCAUCAACCCCGUGAGCACGGGCGGCGUGUCUUUUCAGAGCGAGACAUCCACCGAGUAUUUCAUCGGCGUCAGUGGAAUCAUAAUCAACAACAAGCCCGUGCCUUUGAACCAGACCCUCUUGAAGAUCGACGACAAAGGGGUCGGUGGGACCAAGAUCAGCACCGUGGACCCUUACACCGUGUUGGAGACGUCGAUCUACAACGCCGUCGUGUCGGCGUUCGUCAGAGAGACGGCGGCGAAGAGAGUCAAGGCGGUGGCGCCGUUCGGUGCUUGCUUCAGCAGCAAGGGUGUGGGGAGCACGCGCCUGGGGCCGGCCGUGCCGGCGAUCGACCUGGUGUUGCAGAACAAAGACGUCGUCUGGAGUAUAUUUGGGGCGAACUCGGUGGUGAGCGUCGGCAAUGACGUCAUGUGUCUGGGAUUCGUGGACGGAGGAGUGAACCCGAGAACCUCCAUCGUAAUCGGAGGGUAUCAGUUGGAGGAUAAUUUGAUCCAGCUUGAUUUGGCGGCGUCCAAGUUAGGGUUCAGUUCCACGUUGUUGGGACGUCGAACUACUUGCGCCAACUUUAAUUUCACUUCCACUGUUUGAUGAGACAUUUGAUGCGGAUUGAAUAAGAAAAGAGUUGAUGUAAUAAAGUGUUUUGUUGCAGAACAAAAUCGCUUCAAGAAAUCUACCAUGUUUCCUCAGCU